CGGCUCAAAAGAGCCCAGGAUAUUGCAGAGCGCACUGGAGCCCUGGCCAGCGCGCAGUCUUCCCCGUAGCCCGCAAGCUGAGUCUUGGGAAUUCUGGUUUGCUUUGGCUCACUGGCUCUUACAAACUACUGGAUCUUACAUGCCUCUGUGCCCCCCAACUUCCACUCCAUGUCCCCAUGCUCCUGCUCCAGCAACAGGACCUGUUCUCUGGAUGUCAGCUGAGUUACUAAGGUAACUCUGCAUGUCAGUAGAAAGACCUUGGUAGAACCGCAAGGCUCCCGGAGAACCCCAUCUCUCCUUAUUUUUUUUUUUUGGUGUGUGUCCUCACUGAGCAUUCAAAACUGUUUCUCCAAAGGGUUUUGCAAAAACUCAGACUGUUUUCCAAAGCAGAAGCACUGGAGUCCACGGCAGAAGCGAUGGGCAGUGUGCGAACCAACCGCUAUAGCAUCGUGUCUUCAGAAGAAGACGGCAUGAAGCUGGCCACCAUGGCGGUUGCAAAUGGCUUUGGGAACGGGAAGAGCAAAGUCCACACCCGACAACAAUGCAGGAGCCGCUUUGUGAAGAAAGACGGGCACUGCAAUGUUCAGUUCAUCAACGUGGGUGAGAAGGGACAACGGUACCUUGCAGACAUCUUUACCACGUGCGUGGACAUUCGCUGGCGGUGGAUGCUGGUUAUCUUCUGCCUGGCUUUUGUGCUCUCGUGGCUAUUUUUUGGCUGCGCAUUUUGGUUGAUAGCUCUGCUCCAUGGGGAUCUGGAUGCACCAAAGGAGAGCAAAGCUUGUGUGUCUGAGGUCAAAAGUUUCACGGCCGCCUUCCUCUUCUCCAUUGAGACCCAGACCACCAUAGGCUAUGGUUUCAGGUGCGUCACGGACGAGUGCCCGAUCGCCGUUUUCAUGGUGGUGUUCCAGUCAAUCGUGGGCUGCAUCAUCGACGCCUUUAUCAUUGGCGCAGUCAUGGCGAAGAUGGCAAAACCGAAGAAGAGAAAUGAGACUCUUGUCUUCAGUCACAAUGCCGUGAUUGCCAUGAGAGAUGGCAAGCUCUGUUUGAUGUGGCGAGUGGGCAAUCUUCGGAAAAGCCACUUGGUGGAAGCUCAUGUUCGAGCGCAGCUCCUCAAAUCCAGAAUUACUUCAGAAGGGGAGUAUAUCCCCCUGGAUCAAAUAGACAUCAAUGUUGGCUUCGACAGUGGAAUUGACCGUAUAUUUCUGGUGUCCCCAAUCACAAUAGUCCAUGAAAUCGACGAAGACAGCCCUUUGUAUGACUUAAGUAAACAGGACAUUGACAACGCGGACUUUGAAAUUGUCGUGAUACUGGAAGGCAUGGUAGAAGCCACGGCCAUGACGACACAGUGCCGUAGCUCGUACCUGGCAAAUGAAAUCCUUUGGGGCCACCGCUAUGAGCCCGUCCUGUUUGAAGAGAAGCAUUACUACAAAGUGGACUAUUCAAGGUUCCACAAGACUUAUGAAGUACCCAACACACCCCUUUGCAGCGCCAGAGACUUAGCAGAAAAGAAAUAUAUCCUCUCAAAUGCAAAUUCAUUUUGCUAUGAAAAUGAAGUUGCCCUCACGAGCAAAGAGGAAGACGACAGUGACAAUGGUGUUCCAGAAAGCACAAGUACAGACACACCCCCUGACAUUGACCUUCACAACCAGGCAAGCGUACCUCUAGAGCCCAGGCCCUUACGGCGAGAAUCAGAGAUAUGACUUACUGAUUCUUUCUCUGGAA